CCCGGCACCCGCAGCGACCGCAACGGUGGCCAAGGUGCGCAGUGCUUGGCGCGAUGGGGCUGCCCGAGGAGCGGCGCAAGAGCGGCAGCGGGAGCCGGGCUCGGGAGGAGACCGGCGCCGAAGGCCGGGUGCGGGGUUGGUCCCCGCCGCCGGAGGUCAGACGCUCGGCGCACGUCUCCUCUCUGCAGCGCUACCGCGAGCUGCACCGGCGUUCCGUGGAGGAGCCGCGGGAGUUUUGGGGAAGCAUUGCCAAGGAAUUUUAUUGGAAAACCCCAUGCCCUGGCCCAUUCCUCCAGUACAACUUCGAUGUGACCAAAGGGAAAAUAUUCACCGAGUGGAUGAAAGGAGCAACUACCAACAUCUGCUACAAUGUGCUGGAUCGAAAUGUCCAUGAGAAAAAACUUGGCGAUAAAGUUGCUUUUUACUGGGAGGGCAAUGAGCCAGGGGAGACCACCAAGAUCACAUACCGUGAACUUCUGGCCCAAGUGUGUCAGUUCAGCAAUGUUCUCCGUAAACAGGGCAUUCAGAAGGGUGACCGAGUGGCCAUCUACAUGCCUAUGAUCUUGGAACUCGUGGUGGCUAUGCUGGCCUGUGCCCGCCUUGGAGUUUUGCACUCCAUUGUGUUUGCAGGCUUCUCUGCAGAGUCUCUCUGUGAAAGGAUCUUGGAUUCCAGAUGCAGCCUUCUCAUCACCACAGAUGCCUUCUACAGGGGGGAAAAGCUCGUGAACCUGAAGGAGCUGGCUGAUGAGUCCCUGGAGAAAUGCCAAGAGAAGGGUUUCCCAGUGAGAUGUUGCAUUGUGGUCAAACAUCUGGGGCGGGCAGAGCUGGGCAUGAAUGACUCCCCCACCCGGUCUCCCCCAAUUAAGAGGCCGUGUCCAGAUGUCCAGAUCUCUUGGAAUGAAGGGGUUGACUUGUGGUGGCAUGAGCUCAUGCAAGAGGCAGGGGAAGAGUGUGAGCCGGAGUGGUGUGAUGCGGAGGACCCACUCUUCAUCUUGUAUACCAGCGGUUCCACGGGCAAGCCUAAGGGUGUGGUGCACACAACUGGAGGCUACAUGCUCUAUGUGGCUACAACUUUCAAGUAUGUGUUUGACUUCCACCCGGAGGAUGUGUUCUGGUGUACAGCAGACAUUGGCUGGAUCACUGGCCAUUCCUAUGUCACCUACGGGCCACUGGCCAAUGGUGCCACCAGUGUUUUGUUUGAGGGGAUCCCCACAUAUCCAGAUGAGAGUCGCUUGUGGAGCAUUGUGGACAAAUACAAGGUGACCAAGUUCUACACAGCACCAACAGCAAUCCGGAUGCUCAUGAAGUUUGGAGAUGAACCUGUCACCAAGCAUAGCCGGGCAUCCUUGCAGGUGCUGGGCACAGUAGGUGAACCCAUCAACCCUGAAGCCUGGCAAUGGUACCACCGGGUAGUAGGUUCCCAGCGUUGCCCCAUUGUGGACACCUUCUGGCAAACAGAAACCGGUGGCCAUAUGCUGACCCCUCUCCCUGGCGCCACACCCAUGAAGCCUGGUUCUGCUUCUUUCCCGUUCUUUGGUGUCGCACCUGCAAUCCUGAAUGAGUCUGGGGAAGAGCUGGAAGGUGAAGCUGAAGGCUAUCUGGUGUUCAAGCAGCCCUGGCCAGGGAUCAUGCGCACGGUUUACGGGAACCACACGCGUUUUGAGACCACCUACUUUAAGAAGUUCCCUGGCUACUACGUGACAGGAGAUGGCUGCCGCCGGGAUCAGGAUGGCUAUUACUGGAUCACUGGCAGGAUUGAUGACAUGCUCAAUGUAUCUGGACAUCUUCUGAGUACAGCAGAGGUGGAAUCGGCACUUGUAGAACAUGAGGCUGUGGCAGAGGCAGCUGUGGUGGGCCACCCUCAUCCCGUGAAGGGCGAAUGCCUCUACUGCUUUGUCACCCUGUGUGAUGGCCACACCUUCAGCUCUACCCUCACCGAGGAACUCAAGAAGCAGAUUAGGGAAAAGAUUGGCCCCAUUGCCACACCAGACUACAUCCAGAAUGCACCUGGCCUGCCUAAAACACGCUCAGGCAAAAUCAUGAGGCGAGUUCUCCGGAAGAUUGCUCAGAAUGACCAUGACCUGGGAGACACGUCUACAGUGGCGGACCCAUCUGUCAUCAAUCAGCUCUUCAGUCACCGCUGCCUGACCACGCAGUGAUCAUGACUCUGGUCCAGGAUUUCCCUGUGCUUGGCUCUCCGACCUUCUGCCCAUCCACCCUGCCCCCUGCCCAGGAGUACAAGAGCCAACGCUGGCUGACACUUCAGCUGAAACUAGGGAGCCAGUUUCCUAGACUAGCGGGUAGAAGGGACAGGGCACAGGUCAACUUCAGACUGAUAUGCUCCCAGACCACAGAGAGGUCUCCAAGCCCAGGGCAGAGACUUGACACCUGUCCUCAACCACAGUGAGCUAUUCAGAGUGUAAGUGAGGGCCUCUACAGAAGCAGGGAAGUAGCUCUAAUCCCUUCAGCUUUCUGGAAAGCACCAGUUCUUAUCUUGGGCAAACCCAAGCCUUUAGAAAUGACAGUUUGUGAGUCUAUGAAUAAUUAUUUUUUUAAAAUCCCUUGUUGUUUCUGUUCUGAGUCUGAAUUCCUUGCUAGAUGGUAGCACUGUCUGCCCAUUUGCUCUGGAGACUGUGCGGGUGGGUUCAUUCUGCAGCGUGUUUUCCUAUCAGCUGCUUCAUUGAAAGAAUAAGAAAUGCUCUGUUCCCAUAACCAAGGGAGUAACCUUCCCCGUCCUGCCCCACGAACAGAAGAACCAUGCCCAUAAAGGGCACUCUUGGUGAAACUCUCUUCUUGUACCUUUUGUGCUCAAGACUCACUGUUGAAGGAAUAAAGUUUAUGAGCUCAAGAAGAGAA